AUGCUAGCGGUGGGGCCGAUGGAGGCUAACCGGCAGGGCGCCUUCGUGCUGAGCACUACGCCGCUGGCCGCGCUGCACAACAUGGCCGAGAUGAAGACCUCGCUCUUCCCCUACGCCCUGCAGAGCCCCGCCGGCUUCAAGGCGCCCGCCCUGGGCGGCCUCAACGCGCAGAUCCCGCUGGGGACGCCGCACGGCAUCAGCGACAUCCUGGGCAGACCCGUCGCCGCCGCCGCCGCCGCCGGGAACCUGCUCUCCGGCCUGCCCCGCCUGAACGGACUGGCCGCCGCGGGGAUGUACUUCAACCCGGCCGCCGUCUCCAGAUACCCCAAGCCCUUGGCCGAGCUGCCCGGGCGGCCCCCCAUUUUCUGGCCCGGAGUUAUGCAGGGCUCGCCCUGGAGGGACCCCCGGCUCGUCUGCCCCGCCCAGGCCGGGAUGGUCCUGGACAAGGACGGCAAGAAGAAGCACUCGCGGCCCACCUUCUCGGGCCAGCAGAUAUUCGCGCUGGAGAAGACCUUCGAGCAGACCAAGUACCUGGCCGGCCCGGAGAGAGCCCGCCUCGCCUACUCGCUGGGGAUGACGGAGAGCCAAGUCAAGGCUGUGCGUCUGCACAUAAGCAAAUUCUUCCGCAGGUGUCUCCUGCAGAAGCAUCGCAAGGCAUCCUUAUCUCUUGCCAGCCCUUGUGACUAUAGUGCAUGUCACCAGUAUGUUUGUCACGUCUGA